AUGUUGCGAGCCGUCACCACCGCUGGACCGAACUACGUCCUCCCCAAGCGGCACUACAUCGGAGGCGACGACCUGCUUGAGUGCAAACAGCAGAUUGAGAAGGCGUUGUCGCCCGUUACAAAGUCGUGGAGGGAGAGGGGUGUCACGAUUGCCAGCGACAUGAUGCAAGGCAAGGGCAGCUACACACGAAUGAACAUCAUUUGCAUCAACGACACUGGAGCUCUUUUCUUUGAGGCGGUCGACUGCAAGCAAGCUGCUGGCAAGCUGCUGCAGAUGAAGUGGCUGCAUCUCAACCUCGUGCCCUGCGCCACGCACGUGCUGGACCUACUGACGGAGGACAUCGGCAAGAUGGACUGGGCGCAGGUGGUCGUGACCCAGGCUGACAACAUCAUCGGAUUCGUGCGCGGGCACCAGUGGACUCGCGCCUUCAUGCGGAGCCCAGAGCUCCACGGUGAGCAGAAUUCGCUGCAGGUGUUGCGCCCGGCAAGUACACGCUUUGAAAUGGAGUUCAUCGUAUUGUCUCGUCUGCGCGUCGUUCGCCUGCAGCUCACGGCGAUGGUGACACACAAUGACUGGGCGGAGAAGGGGGGGAACAAGUUGACGGGAUCGGAUUUCGAGGGGUGGUUUUACGACAUUAUGCUGCAGCUAACAGAGAAGUUGGAUAAGCUGCUGGAUGGGAAGGAGUGCAAGCUGAGCAGGGCGGAUAACGAGAAGGUGCGAGAGCAUUUGAGGAGGCGUUGGGACGAGAGCCUGUCAUGCACCCUCCACGUGGCAGGCCGGAUCUUGAACCCGGCCAACCAGGAGGAGGGAAUCUUUUUGCAGGAUGCGGAGUGCACCAAGGUCACGCAGGAGUGGUUGGAGCACCAGAAGUCUUUCGACGACACGUACUGGAAUAGGUCCCACGACAAGAAGGAACCGGUGUGGCUGCUGCAUGAUGGGGUGAUGGCCUACAUCAAUGGCGAAGGAGGAUUCGGCCCGAAAACCGCGAUCGAAGAGCGUGAGCUGAAUUUGUUGGAAAAAGGGGAACGUGAUGUUGUGGUGGCAGUACAAUGGAUGAGAUGUGGUGGGAAGGAGGGGUGCGGUGGUGCAAGGGAACACAUCCCCCCCCCUCCCCUCCUCGAGGGGUACAAAUUGGAGGAGGAUGGGGGAGUGGAAGCGGACGAGGACGACGUGUGGCUCGAUGAGUGGGAGGGGCAGGAGGAGGAGGAGGAGGAGGAGGAGGAGGAGGAGGAGGAGGAGGAGGAGGAGGAGGAGGAGGAGGAGGAGGAGGAGGAGGAGGAGGAGGAGGAGGAGGAGGAGGAGGAGGAGGAGGAGGAGGAGGAGGAGGAGGAGGAGGAGGAGGAGGAGGAGAGCUAG